CGAACGCGGAAGUGGUGCCCUGAGCUACUACUCCCUCCGGGUCGCUGGUUCCUGGCUUUUCUGCUCAACUGCUUCGUGGCUUGGAAUCCUCCCAUGCAUGGACCGCACGUGCGAAGAGAGGCCUGCGGAGGAUAAGAGCGACGAGGGGGACUCCGACUCCACGGAAGUCCCGGCCCGGAUCCGGGACACCCCGGAAGACAUCGUUUUGGAAGCGCCGGCCAGUGGGUUGGCGUUCCAUCCGGCCCGCGACCUCCUGGCAGCGGGGGACGUGGACGGGGACGUGUUCGUCUUUUCCUACUCUUGCCAAGAGGGAGACACCAAGGAGCUGUGGUCCUCAGGUCACCACCUCAAGUCCUGCCGAGCUGUGGUCUUUUCUGAAGAUGGGCAGAAACUUGUUACUGUCUCCAAAGACAAAGCCAUCCACGUUCUAGAUGUGGAGCAGGGCCGACUGGAAAAGCGCAUUUCCAAGGCUCAUGGUGCCCCCAUCAACAGUCUGCUGCUGGUGGAUAAGAAUGUUCUGGCCACUGGGGAUGACACAGGUGGCAUCCGGCUCUGGGACCAGCGGAAGGAGGGCCCUUUUAUGGAUAUGCGGCAGCAUGAGGAGUACAUCGCUGACAUGGCUCUGGACUCAGACAAGAAGCUGCUGCUGACAGCCAGUGGGGAUGGCUGUCUUGGUGUCUUCAAUAUUAAGCGACGCCGGUUUGAGCUGCUUUCAGAACCUCAGUCUGGAGACCUGACCUCUGUCACAAUCAUGAAAUAUGGGAGGAAGGUGGCCUGUGGCUCCAGUGAAGGUACCAUCUACCUCUUCAACUGGAAUGGCUUUGGGGCCACAAGUGACCGGUUUGCCCUAAGAGCCGAGUCCAUCGACUGCAUGGUUCCAGUCACUGACAGUCUGCUGUGCACUGGCUCCACCGACGGAGUCAUCAGGGCUGUGAACAUCCUGCCGAACAGAGUGGUGGGCAGCGUGGGUCAGCAUGCUGGGGAGCCUGUGGAGGAGCUGGCCCUCUCCCACUGCGGCCGCUUCCUGGCCAGCAGUGGCCAUGACCAACGCCUCAAGUUUUGGGACAUGGCCCAGCUGCGAUCUGUGGUGGUGGAUGACUACCGUCAGCGCAAAAAAAAAGGAGGGCCACUACAGGCACUGAGCAGCAAGGCCUGGAGCACCGAUGACUUCUUUGCAGGACUGAGGGAGAAGGAAGAGGAGAGUGAGGACGACAGUGACUGAGAGGAUAAACUGAAAACAGGUCCUCAUUGGGCAAGAGUUUUCCUUCCUGGGCUGGAUCCCCAGAGAGGCUAUGAAUUUAUCAUACCUUAUUGUGCAAUGCAGAGAGAUGAGCAGACAGAGGCUCAGGGCACCAAUGUGGGGAAGUAGAGUUGCUCACUCUACCCAUGUAAGAUAAGCCCACAGCUGGGGCAAGACAGCAUGGACACAGGUGUACACCAACCAGGGGUUUAAUAUAAAUACAACCAGCAUAGAAAAACAAUCUACAAACACCAAAAUCAGAAUUCCAAGUGGUGGGGGCAAAAGGCAGAUUUUUGACCCUUUGGCUCAGCCAGCCCCCAAAUAAAAACCAACAAAAACAAA